UGCAUUUCUAAGAUCGGACACGGCUAAUCUAUUGAUGUGCUUGUUCGACUGUGAGAAUCCGAUCAUUAUGCGACGGCCGACAUGAAACUCAUCGCCGGCCUUUUGAUACUUUUCUGUGUCAUUCUUGGAUGCCAAGGAAGGAAGGUGUCAUACUCAUUUAAGUACUCCAUUGAUCGUUUCAACUUGAUCACCCAUCACGAGGAAGAACGUAAAGAUGACUCAGUCCAUGGAUUUUACAGCCUCCUUCAACCUGACGGAAGAGUACGCCUUGUGGAAUACAGGGUGGAAGGAAAUAAAGGUUUUAGAGCCUUCGUGAAGUACAACAAGCCGGGUAGCCAAGCCAAAGGGUAUUUACAGUUUCCUCAAGACUUCAGGAAGCCCAUUAUAUUGCAAAACCCCAUUUACCAACGAAACUGGUGACACGACUGACGGUUACAUUCAGAUCUCAUAAAAUUAAAUUUGUUUGUGUGUG